AUGGGCAAGAACCUUUUGGCUGAUAAAAUACAAGAAGAGGUUGGCUGUUACACGAACUAUCUGGCAAGUCUGGAAGGGAAACCCACUGAUAUACGAGUGAUUACUAAUAUUAGUACGUCAAACAUUAUUUGCUCCAUUCUGAUUGGUCAUAGAUUUGAGUACACGGACACAGAGUUCCAAGACCUUAUGAACAAACUUGGAACUCUUGCUUCCGACCACCAAAAUGUCAGUUUAGUCCACUUUUUCAUGUGGCUCAGACAUCUCCCCGGAGACUUUUUCAAUGCGAAAAAGAUUUCAGUAAAUAUGAAUGCAAUAAUGGAUAGAUUAAAUAAAUUUCUCGUAGAAAAGAAGCGACACAUAGAAGACACCAACGAAGUCAGCACUCUAAUAGAUGCAUAUAUCGUUGAAAGGAACAAGAAACUUAAAGCUGGUAUAUCGACCACACUUAAUGAUCGGAAUUUACUGAAGAUAAUGAUUGAUCUGUUUAUGGCUGGAACCGAAACGACAAGUACAACAAUCUACUGGUGUAUUCUGUACAUGCUCCACUAUCCUGUCGUUCAAAACAAAGUGCAUAAGGAAAUCAAAAGUCAGAUAGGAACCGAUCGAGCCCCAACCAUACAGGAUAAACCUAAACUCACAUACCUGAAUGCUGUUAUUACAGAAACCCAACGGCUGGCAAGUAUUGUCCCCCUCUCGGUGAGCCACUUGUGUAGUGAAGAAGUAGCUUUGGGAGAGUAUGUUCUACCCAAAGGAACCUACAUCAUGCCCAACCUGGACUCUGUUCUCCACGACAAGACCAUCUGGGGAGAAGAUGCCAUGAGUUUCAGACCCGAGCGCUUCAUCGACAACAACGGCAAACUUCAGGUUCCUGAACAGUUCAUCCCGUUCGGCAUUGGUCGUCGUGUGUGUCUUGGAGAGGCCCUGGCAAAGAUGGAACUGUUCCUUUUUCUGGCUUCCAUGUUUCAGAGGUUUCAAUUUCUUCCACCAUCUCCAUCCUCAGUCCCUGAGCUCAGUUAUGUGAGUGGUAUUGUCCUAUCACCCAAACAUUACGAGGUGAGAGUGGUAGAGAGAAAAUAG